UGACCGAGGGAGGAGGGAGGAUUUGAGGGCUGAGGUGCGAGUAAAGAUUUCUGUGACAACGGACUGUAAAGUGAGACAGAGCGAAGGUACAACCUGUGUGAUAUUGCAUGGCAUUUUUUGUGAGGAUGUCCUAAAAUGGCUAUUGUAGUAGCUGCCUGUUAUGUUGCUGUCUUCCUGACACUAUAGAACUGCUGUAACCCAGGGGGAGAUGCCUUGACAGCCCCACAUUUUUCCCUGCGUUUCUCCUGAUUUGCUGCUGUGGAAGCUCUGUCUCUGUACGAGCCUGUCAGUGCCUCCAUACUGCACCCUCUGCAGCCAGUGAUACAAGUCAGGACCCAGGAGAUAGCUGCAGCUUCAGCACACCGAGCGUGAGCAGAACCUUCCUGUGACAGAAUUGCCACUUGUUACAAUGGCCAAGCACCCUCCCUCGCUGUGACAGACCUGCUCAGAGCUUUUACCCCAAGCAACACAACAGAAACCCAUGAGAAUAAGCAGCAAUAUCUGCCUGUGCUGGAUGUUAUGGGAAAUGCAUGAAACUGUCUGAUGAUCUGUUUUGAUGCCACAUACACACUGCUAAAGGGAACUAAGGAAUCAAACUCAAAAAUGAGUCACUAAUAAUAGCCCUGAACAUGCCCAAACGUGACCAGCAACCUUCCUAAUACUAUACACAGUCUGCACUGUGCACAGGGUUAAUUUACGGACUCCCUAAGAACUGCUGUGAUUACUGUGACCCCCCUCUUGAAUCACUGAAAGAAAAAACAAAACCCAGAAAGCAAACUGUACCGGUUCAAGAGUUCAGGCUCCUGUGUAAUCAGCCUCGACACACCCUCCACUCCCUGUAGGCUCAGCAGCAGCAGCAGCCAGCAACAGGCACAGUGUUUUAGCCAGCCCUGCCCGGUGCCAUGCUGAGGAAAUAGGGAAGGCACAGUAACGUUAUGAGCCCUGGGCAGCGGCAGGACUAUGGAGGAAUCUGUGCCCAGUGCCUGCCUCAUACAUGAUUUGAAUCUGAAUGAAGGAAUUGCAGGGGCAUUUCCCAUGGCUUGUGGGACUGUGGCUGUCUCUGGGGCCAGUUGCGGGGAAUUUCAGCACAGCCUGCAGGACAUCGCUCAGCUGGCAGAGACUAAUGGUGGGUACAGCGGACACCAGGAGAGGGGUGAGGCCGCCAACUCCCUGAUUAGUCCCCACAGCGAUACUGAUGAUAGAUCUGGUGCUGGACUGUCCCGUGAGAGCUCAGGACUUCUGUGUGGCCCAUGGGACAUGAAUAAUGCCACAUCUGAGUCUGAAGAAGAGGCGGAGGAUAGAAGUUUAUCUGAUUCGAGGAGCCAGUCAGGCUUUGGGCAGAACAGUGGAGAUUUGGUAGCAGACCCUAUGAGGGAGCAGGAAGCAAGUAGCAUUUCAGAACCUCCUAGGGAGCCCGAUCUAGUCAUAGAAGUGACUGGGGGACAGAGGAUCCGAGCCCACAAGUCAGUUCUAGCUGAGAAAAGUGACUACUUCAGGGCUCGCAUGUCCCGAGACAUCCUAAAGAUUAAGGGGCUGAGUUACACAACUCUGCGACUGCUGGUGGAUUAUAUUUAUAGUGAGCGGCUAGAAGUUAGGCAGGACAAUGUAGUGGAGGUGAUCAGUGGGGCCAAGUUCUUACAGAUGCCUUGUGCUGUGCAGUGUGCCAUGGACAGUAUGCGCUCUCAGAUCUGCCUGCGCAACUGCUACCAAGUCCUGCACAUAGCCAAAAAGCAGCGACUGACUGAACUCAGGGAGGCUGCCUACAAGUUUAUGAGUGACAACUUCUUGCAGGUACUGCGGGAGCCCACUGUAUAUGGCAGGUUGACUGGACCAGAAAGGGAGCUGAUCCUGCAGCGGAGGUUGGAAGGUAAGCAAUGCCUAGUAGUUGCUGAACUCAAUGAUGCAUUUGAGAGACUUAGUAGCAGCAGCAGACCCCAGAGCCGAGAGAGUAGUCGACCCCAAAGCCCGUCAUCGGUUGUCUCACUGGAGGAGGAUGCGACCACUUACCAGGUUCAGUUCUACGGCGAAUCCUGUGGGGAAUGGAAACCCCUGACUCGGCUGCCUGAAGAAGCCAACAGCAAGGGUUGUGGGGUGUGUGUGCUCUACAACUACCUGUUCAUUGCUGGGGGCAUCAGGGGCAGCGGCGACAAGGCUAAACUCUCUGACCAAGUGUUCUGCUAUAACCCUCUAACUGACUCCUGGGAGAAGCUCAGACCCAUGUCCCAGCCCCGCUCUCAGCUCAAGCUGCUGGCCUUGGAUAACUACCUGUAUGCCAUUGGGGGUGAGUGCCUCUUCACUGUGGAGAAGUACGACCCACGACUUGAUCGCUGGACCACGGUUGCCCCAUUACCAAAAGGGGCAUUUGCUGUGGCCCAUGAAGCUACCACUUGCAAUGGAGAGAUCUAUGUGUCAGGGGGGACUCUAUUCUACCGACUGCUCAAGUAUGAGCCCAAGAGGGACGAAUGGCAGGAGUGUCCCUACAACAACAGUCGCAGGCGAUCUGCCGGGAUGGUCUCCCAUCGGGGCUGCAUCUAUCGCUUUGACAUCAGCCGGGAGCACGGGCUUAGUGUCUUCACCUACAACUCCAUGGCCCGACACUGGAGCGAGGGGGUCCAUCUCCUGCGUCCCGGUACUGGGCAAUCAUACUCUAACAUGCCCUUUCGAUGCACAGUGAAGGGGAGCCACAUCUACUGCCUGAAUCGUGCCAGUGCCCUGCGAGUACCCUUACCCCCAGAGGGAACCGGUGGAGAGAUGAUCAGCUGUGAGGCAGAGCACUUCCCAACCGCAGAGGAAGCUAAGGGGGUCAUUUUCCCCUUUGUUCUAUCAUUGCCAGAUGGCAAGCAAGUACACUGAAGGGCCCCAUGUUCUAACACAGGGGCAAAGGUGCACAAGGUACAGACACCCAUAAAACCAGACAUGUGUUUACAUUAGCCACGCCUGUCUUGAUUAGAGCUGGACCUAAAUGCUUUGGCACCCAAGGCAGGAGUGGCUGCAUGCCCUCUACUCCCCAAAGUAUCAACUCAAAAUUCCCCCAGUCUGGAAGAGUUAAAGGUGGACACAGACCAGCUGACAAAGGAAGGUUAAGGAGAGACAAGGAAGUUGUCCAAAUUGAGCUGCUCAAAUAGUGUGCUGUUGCAUUCGACAAUAAAUCAUAUUUAAUGGAAUUCUUCCCAAUCACACAUCCCUAGCAGGUGCCUGUACUGCCUGCCUAUAGUUUUGGCCUUGGUUCUGAUAUCAGCCCUAUACUGUCCAUCCUGUACUGUAUCUGUUUAACUGCAACCCAUAGCACUUUUAGUAGGAAACCUCUGAAGGGAUCUUUGAGAGUUGUAUUUCUAUAACAGUGCUAGUGCCAGAGUUUGGAUCCCAGAAUUAGACCAAGCACGACUAAUUGCUGACUUAGAACUGUGAGUCAGUCACUGUAGUUGUGCAUUUUUUUGCCUUUGUAGUUAAAUGCAUUCCUAUGAAAUGAUAGUUUACACCAGAGAUGCCCAAAUGUGCAGUCUUUCUGUAGUUUUUGCAUAAUUACUCACAGCAUCCUCCAGCAGGCCUGUCUGUUAAGGAUGCUGGGAGUCGUAGUCCUGCAGCUGCCACAGGACCACAGCUUGAUUAUCUCUGGGGGAUACGAGUACACCAUAUCCAGAUAAACAGAUUUUUGUUAGCAUGAUUCCUAAAUUCUGAUUGCUUUUGAUUGCAGCUUGUACAGUAACCUAUCAUUAAAUGUGCAUGCUGCUUCUUAUAUCCCAAUGAUGAAUAACAUGUUUAUACAUUGUCCCCAUUAAAUGGGAAAAUGUUUCUGUACAGCUGGCCCAUCUAUGACUAAUUAUUUCCAAAAGGUGGGGUUACAUUCAGUAGAGGAAAUGGGAAGUAAGUACAGGUAUGGAGUCUAUUAUUUGGAAUACCUUGGAUUUUCUGUAUUGUGGAGCACUAUCCCUUAGGCUACUUAAAAAAAAUCUGAUUAUUUUAUUAUUCUCUUAAUUUUAUUUUCUAUCCUAGUUAGCAUUCUUAUUAUUACAAGGAGAAAGGAAAUUAGCCAAAAAAUUGUCAAUUCCUAUAUUUUGGCGAUGUCUGGAUAACAGGUUUCUGUAUUGUAGAUUCUAUACCUGUAAUAGUUAGCUAUCUUUUCCUUUUUGAAGAAGUCUAUAGUCUGGUUAACAGGUUGCUUGUCCAUCCUCCCAUCUCCAUCAACUGUGAAUUCUAAUAAGUAUUAUGCAUAUUAAACUUGCACCGUAGCUCUGGUAUCUAUGGUAACGACAGGAUCCAAAGUCAAACCUAAAGAUGACAGAAACAUGUACUUUAGUUGCCAUGGAUUUGCAGGGUGUGUCAUUGUUAAGUACAAAUCAUUCCCUAGAAAUACAAUUUUGUAUAUGAGAAUGUGUAUUUAUGCCAGCAAACAGUAAGUAUGGGCAUAGGAUCUAUUAUCUGAAAUGCUUGGGACCUAGGGGGGUUCUGGAUUCUGGUUCUACUGGUGGGGAAUAAUAGAUCCAGCACCUGUACUUGCUACCGACAAAUGAUAAUUCAGAUGUGUGUUGCAUGUGACAUGGUGAUCAGAUGAGCAUACCAUUAAAGGGAUAAUGUAUUUGGUACUUGUGUUAAGAAGUUUCAGUCCACGUGUAAAUGAUUAUAGUGAUUUAUAACUUGUGAAGUUAUAAAUCACAGUGGGCCUCAUUUACAAACAGCAAAAAAAAACCCUGUGGUGCAAUAACCCAUAGCAAACAGCAGUUAGCGUUGAUUGGUUUGCUGCAGUAAAAAUAAUGGAAGCAGAUGAGCUGCUUGGUUGCUAUGCGUUACUGCAACUAGGGUAAUUUUGCCCUGUGUAGUAAAUGAGAUGCAGUAACUGUUAGCACUGAGGUGGUUUCAAAGCUUGGACAGCUUUUGAAAAAUUUCCAGUGUUCCUGUCUGAAAUCGUUUUUUUUUUUUUAAUUUGCUCUAGAUGGGUAAAUGUGGACUGAAGCCAUUAUGUCAACCUAAACGAGAGGGCAACAUGGGCAGAUCCAUGUAAAAUAGGAUUAUUCUGAGUAGCACUUGUGUCAGAGCUUCAUUCUAAAGUUCAGUUGUUAACAGCAACCGAUGUUUCUCUCUCUCUGUUACCUAGUCCAUUACCCAGUCUGCUAAAUAAUCAGACCCCCCUUUCCAAUGGAGUUGAGCUAAAACCUUGGCAUUUUUUGUAUUGCUCUGUAGAACUUAAAUCAUCUAUUAAUUAACUGUAUUCUCAUAUACUCCCUAAAGCCAAGGAUAUUUGUAGUGGGGUGAUUCACCUUUAAGUUAACUUUUAGUAUGUUUUAAAAUUCUAAACAACUUUUCUAAUGGCUUUCCUAUUUUCUAUCAAUUAUUUGCCUUCUUCUACUUCUGACUUUUUCUAGCUUUCAAACUGGAGAGCUGCUGAAUUAAAAGCUA